AACCAAAUAGCUUCUUCUUCUUCUUUCUCUAACUUAGAGAGAAUGAAGGGUUCUUGCGCAAAACCAGUGUUGUUCACUUGUGCAAUCUUUCUCAUUCUCAUUGUUGCUCAAGAAAACAGAGUCGCUGCAUUAGAGCCAUGUGAUCCUAUGAAGUUGAGCCCAUGCUUGGACACCAUAACGAAAGGGUCUGAGCCAUCGGAACUGUGUUGCACCAAGGUGAAGGAGCAACAGCACUGUGUCUGCCAGUACUUGAAGAACCCUAACUUCAAAUCUUUCCUUGACUCACCAAAUGCCAAAAAGAUUGCCACUGAUUGUCAUUGUCCGUAUCCCAAAUGCUAGUCUCAGUAUUUCGUUCUCAUUUUUCCAAGUUGUGUUUCUUGCUUUCAAGAUCCAAGAAAGGUGUCCCUUUUGAUGGUUUUUCUACUACAAGUUUCUUAGUCUUGAGUUUUUGGCUUUAAUUAAUUAUGUGUUUAUCA